GGGAGUCUCAAAAGGCAUCUUCAGUCCACCCACGUUGUGGAGUAUGCGACAAAUUUAGAGUCAAAAGGCAUCUUCAGUCCACCCAUGGAACUUCAUUCGGAGAUGGAGAUUAUAAGACAAAUUUAAUGAGAAGAGUAAAAGGGAAAGAUGAGACAAAAGAUAAUGAGACCGGUUAUUACUAUAUACUCUAGAGUCUAGAGGUUACAAAUUGAAAUCAAGAAUUGAAGAUAGCGUCAUCUUCUCAAAGUGACAAGAAAAGUCUGGCCUCUUUUACACUUUUUUAAUGAGAUCUAUUCCGCACUUGACAGUUUUUUUGCCAAAAUGAAAAUUUACCUCGGAAGUUAUAGUUGAACCAAGUACGUAAAGACGUAAAGUACUUGAAGAUUUCCUCACCACAAGAAAAGUUAUAUCGAACAACUAAACACUACGGAGUACAUCUGCCUCCCUAAGAGUGGUCAAGAGGGGAUAAUACCAUUUCCAUUGAAACAAACAGAGAUAAAUAGAAAAAGAAAAAUGGGUCGAUCAAAGAGUAGUUAGGUUUUUAGUGUAUUUUGACACAAGUAGUAUAAAUUACACAUGCUAAACGUGUACAUCCCACUGAGAUUUGUUCAAUAUCAAAUUUAAUAAUGUUUGCAUUAAUCUAAAUUUUGCAUUUUAACAUAAAUUAUUAGAAGAGAUAAUACAAUCCCAUUGAUCAAACAAGGUUAACAUAUUAGGGAGUACGACGUAAUACUCCCUCGGUCCCUCCGUAUUUAAAAGAUUACUACAGUCUUGAUAAACUAUUUAAGAGGGAAAUAAUAGGGAUAAUGAAUAAUGUUGGAAAAGUAGAAGAAAAAUAAAAAAGUAGAUAAAAAGAAGAUAAAAGUAGAAAAAGUAAGAGUAAUUAAAUAUUUUUGAAGAAAAAAAACUUACCAAACUGAAAAAGUGUAACAAAUUUGUAAAUACAUCCCAAAUAAAAAAAAUAUACUCCGUACAUACUAAACUUUUAAAUAAUAUCGAGUAGAAUUUUAUGGAUCUGACGAUUAAAUGACGCAGAGUAGCAUAUGUGUGAUCUCAGUAGACGGUGAAUCACCGAUUCGGACCAAAGAAAUCCCCAAAGACUAACCAUUUCAACAACCAAACACGUUUCUCUUAAAUCUUAAUGACAUGUAAAUCAAGAAAGGUGAAUCUGACUUUUGCAGUACAUAGUACAUACUCUGUUUGAUUGUGUAAUAGGAAGAAGACAUCUCAUCCUGACACCCCCUCUGUGUAUAUACACCCACACGCCGAAGGAACGAUAUGAUUCCGGAAAUAGUACUUUACACAUGAUGAUAAGGACAAUCUCAGCCAUUCACUGAUUCAAACGUUUUUUUACCAAGAAACUACUCUCAAUGAAACAGGCAUAGCAAAAUACUGAAGAUAGCAAAUCAUUCUUCUUCAAUCAAUACAUGAAGCUAUGAACAAUCAAUACCUGAAGCUAUGAACAAUCGGGAGAGCACGAAAACCCGAAAAACAUGAGAGUUACCGAAAACGUAAAUGUUUGAAGAGUUUUCAAAGUGUUUUCGUAGAAUUUCUGAAACCGAAACAUAACACCAGUGUUUUAGUGGUUUCCGUGCUUAAUUGUGGCUUCAAAUUUCACCACAGCUUACGUUCCUUGACUCCAAUCCACAUAAUCAAUUAAUUACACAUAUUUAUAUUAUAACAAGGCUAAUUAUGAGCGUACCACUGAAGUUCCGAAGCCAUUCUGGCCCUGGUCUCCCAUCGUAAUUAUUUCUCCGAUCGAUCUAAUAAUUAACAGCAUAAUUACGAAGCGAUUAGUCAAGGCCAAUGGAAUGGAUAAUGGCCGAAUUGCGGAUUAUUGAGAGAUCCACCGGUGUGACUGUGAUCAACGGCGAUAGAGCUCUGCUCGCAGAAUCCACCGGACGGAGAGAAUUCAUCCGCGAAGGAGACCGGGAAAUCGGCGAUGGCGGCGUGAGGGAGGCAGUUGAAGAAGGAAGAAGAGGAGCAGCAAUUAGCGUCGGCGGCGGGGGGCUUGGAGGCGUAGGAGGCGAGGCGGGCCCUAGCGAGGAGGAGGUCAGACUGGAGCUGGGCCAUACGGCGCUGGAGGGAGGCGAUGGCGCCAAUGCAGCCGUAGACGGGGUCGGUGAGGCGGACCUCGGCCUCGUAGACGAGGGAAUUGACGGUGUCCUCUCGCUGCUCCUCCGGGACCUCGUUGAGGAUUUUGGCGACGUUGCUGGCGCCGAAGACCUUGUGGACCUUGGCGAAUUUCAUCGGGUCGUCGGAGCGGAAGUAGGGGGCGAACUGGCAGUUGAGGACGCACUUCCGCUUCAGCAACUUGCAGGCGGCGCAUGAAGAGCUUGAACGGCCGCCUCCCUGAUGAUGAUGGUGAUGAUGAUGACUAUUGUUGUUAUUCUUCCUCAUGCCUCUAAAUAAUUACAGUUACAAUAAUAACAAAUUAAUUAUGAAUCGUAGCUAAUUAAUUUAGCAGACCGCUUUGCUUUGCCUCACUGCUUCGACUACGUACCUAUAUGCUAUAUACUCGCUCCCCUUUUCUUUUCAACAUCUCAAUUAUUAUAUAUACUUGUUAUUGGGAGUACAA